AUGUCUAGUGAGCAGAAGAAAAGCAGGGUUAAACAGGCUUGCAAUUUCUGUAGAUCAAGAAAGGCAAAGUGCGAUGGUAAACUACCCCAUUGUACAGCAUGUAAUGCAAAUCCAGAGAAAUGUGUUUAUUCAACUCUAAAGAAAAGAAGGGGACUUCCAAGUGGGUACACACAUGACUUGGAAAAGAAAGUCCUUGUGUUCCAGGCGCUAAUCUCUUAUAUCAUACGAGACAAGUCGCAAUCCACAAAUUUGCUGGAGACCUUGGAGAAAUGUCUAAUUGACAUAAAAGAGAGUAAGACUAUUGUUGAAAAUAUAGACUCCUUGCAAAUAUACUGGGACGACAGCAGGCUCUCUAACCUAAUCCAAAACUUUAUCAAGGCUAACGGUGAAAGCAUACAUAUAGCGAAAAGAUCGUCUAGAGGUCUCAGGAACAUUAUUAAGACAGAAGAUGACGGAGAACCUUUAGUAGAAAACAAUAAUUAUGAAAGUGGUCCACUUUCCUCCUUAGAGAAGAGUGAUGGCUAUAGCAAACUAACGGAUUCGAUGGCGACGUCUUCUAGUAUUGCUUAUAACUCUGCAAUCAGUAAUAGUCUAUUCAACUUGAAUACUGCUAAUGAGAACGGCCAGUCUAAUUCUGGUUUGGCUUCUAGUAACUACAAGUUAAUUGAUGACCCCUCAGCCAUAUUAAAAGAUGAAAUAUUCCCGUUUGUGUCGGAUGAACUAGAUGCUGCCAGGAAGCGUGACUUUGAAGAUCGAGACUCUUGGACACCAAUUGCGCUACAAUUUCAUGGACUAUCUACCCUUAUAUCUGGAUUCACAUCUAGAUCCAUUAAACAGUACAGCAGUACGCUAAAUCUCCAAUCCAAAAGACCAUUUAGCGUAGGAUCCAUAUUUAAUAUCUCUUCACCUUCCAUAACUUCAUCUAUCGACAGUAAUGUCAAAUUGCCUCAGGAUAUCUUAAAUUUCCCCAACGAAAUAGCUGAAAUAGUGGAGUGUUACUUCCAGGUGUAUCAUCCAUGGUGUCCUAUGUUGAAUCGAGUGUUCAUUACGAGAUUAGUUCAUAGAAUUCAAGCAUUGAAGGACACAUCCAGAAUUUAUCAACAAAAUAUUUCCACUUUCAAACCAUCUGAAUGUAAUUUACUUGCAUUAAUUUGGGCCACCAUUACUUUAGGUAAGAUGGUUACUAAUGUCUCCAAUACCAGCAAGGACAAGGAAGUUAAUCAUGGAGACGAGAUCUUAUGUGCAACAUAUGCUAAAAAUUGUAUUAAAUCUUUGGAGAACUCACCCACGACCAGCAUUGAAACUAUUCAAUCAAUGAUUCUCUUAGGAAUCUUCAAUUACCAAACGGGAAAUUGGGAUAGAUCUUGGACUUUGAUUUCAUCAGCCACCAGAAUGGCUAUUGAUGUUAGACUUAUGCUUAAGGUAGACCAUAAAAAUGAGAAUAAUAAGAACAUUAGUCCAUCUGACUGGUCUGAGCGAAAAACUCCUUCUGAUUUGAAUGAAGACAGCCCGGGUUCAAAGAGCGAUCUAAAGCUUUCAACCUGGGAAGAGAAUUCGCUGAAUGCUACCAGCCGGGAGAGAACAUGGGGGUGUGUAUACAUGAUGAAUACAAUUCUUUCCUCUAGAAUGGGAAGGGAGCCAUUGGUAAAGGCCAUUGACUGGCCCAUCCCACUAAUAAGCGAGGAUGGUUGGGAGGAAUGGGAAGGAUGGACUUCGUACCACUCACCUCGAAUAAUAAAGCUAGAUAGUGGUCGUUUUCUACUGAUUUUCAACCAACUCAUGCAAGUUAUAUCAUUGUGGAAUUUUGCUCUUACUUGUAUUAUUGAUGUUUCCGAGGAUACGCUUAUAGAUGAUCAGGACGAUAACGAUAUUUACAAGAUCCCAAGACCAAUGACCAAAAAUGGUAGAAAGGGACAAAAAAACCAUGUUGCACCGAACAGACAAACAUUGGCGUAUUUCCAAUCCAAUUUGCAUGCUAUUUUCAAAGCUAUGCCCGAAUAUUGUAAAUUGGAAAAUUUCCCGGACAUGGUUAACGUUCCACCAUUUUUAUCAUUCUUACACUUAUCGAAGGCAAUGGUUUGGUGCAUAUUAUCUAUAAGGUUAAGUGCUUUGAAAAGUUCAAUGACGCCUACUAUUAAAGAUGAAAUCGUUGAAUUACGAAACACUGAGUAUACAAAAUCUAUUUCAGUAUUUAAAAAGAUUAUAAACACAUCAACCUUAUCCAAUUUGAAAGAUUACCCCUUCAUUGAUUACUUUGCCUUGAUGGCUGUUGCAUUCCCAAAAAUGAUUGAUUUCAAAGAUGGAGAUGAUGCCGAACUUCGAACCCAUACAAAGAUUAUAGAAAAGCUCUUUAUCUACGGAGCCACUAUUUCUUAUCCGUUCAAACUCACCUUAGAUGUUUACAACAUUAACAAGGGAUUCGAUAAAGAUCACCCUAGUAAUAGUAAUAACAAGAGAAAGGGGGAUGAGAGCAACAUCAAUCCAGGGAUAAAAUUACUCAAGCUUACAUCUGGAGGAGUAUUGGGAAGAGCAGUGAAGGAAGAUGACGAAUUCCCUAUGACCUCAUCUGGUGCAAAGACAUCCAUUACAUCAUUAUUGAAUUACAAACGAACCAUCCCCGUAGCAUCGAGACGCUCGUCACUGAGUAUUUCACCGUCAAGCAAUACACACUUGAGGUUACUGCAAAGAGCUUCGAUAUCUUCUGGCAAGAAUAGAAAUAUUGAUAGUUUCAUGCUAGAUUUGGAUUUGAACAAGUCUAUAGAGAAGCAGAAGGAUUUUGCCGAGCACAUGGGAUAUGUUUCUCAAAAGAAUGGUAUAACUAGUAAUGGCCAGGGCAUGGCAGUGUACUCUAAUGAGCUUUUGGGUGGCUCGUCAGCGAACGAACCCAUUCCUCAAUUGGGUAUCUACAACAGGAAUACUAUGCACAGCCAUAUAAGUACCUCAAUAAGUCAGCAACAACAGCCACACAUUCAGAGAACGUAUGAACCUCCCGCACAAUUCACUCCAGGACAGCAAUAUAUACCGAAUCGUGCUUCGCUAAACAAUGCAAUGGUGCCUGUUUACUCUCCAUAUAGACCAAGAGAGGAGCCUGAUGUGUUAGAAGUCCACUUCAACAAUGUCUUUAACCCGGGAAAUGGGCUCAAUGCAUUCCUAUACCAUACGCUCUCAAAGAACCCAUAA